AAGCAAACGAUAAGGGGCGAGAACAAUAGCAUCAUCCCUCCUUAAAAAGAGUGCAGCUAUGUAUUAAGAGGAAAGAAGAAAAAAAAAAAACGUUACGGGGAGGGGAGGUAGGCACACCCUGACCAAAAGGUACUGCACCCGGCGUGUCUGUAGCCAAGUGCACAGCCGUGGAUCACAUUCAACACACAUCGCAUCCUCUCCAAGUGCCUUUCUUCAUCCUCCCGCCGACAUGCCCAAAGGUUUCCUGGUGAAAAGAAACAAGAAAGCGGCGCACGUCUCUUACCGGAUUCGUUGCGAUGAUGAUGAUGGACAGGAAGCGACGCUGGAAUGUCAGAUUCAACGCGAUGCGUCCCCGCCUCUGUCCGGUACCUGCAGCCCGGAGAUCGCAGCAUCAUCACCAUCCGAUGCAGCAGACACGCCGGUCCACAGCCACGGAGCCAAACCGGUGCAGUUUGGUAAUCCGGAGGCGGUUUAUCAAGCCCUCUACAGCCCCACCCGCCCCAUCAGCAAGGACCAUGAGAGGAAAUAUUUCGAGAGAAGUUUCAACCUGGGCUCGCCCAUCUCCGCCGAAUCAUUUCCGACUCCUACCUCUCUCACCAGCCUGGACCACCUCCUUUUUGCUCCGGUAGACUUGAAAAUCGGCUCCAGCAACAGCACCGCGCUGACAUCGGCUGUUAGGAGCGCUGGGAAAAGGCCCUCCACCGACAACGAGCGCAAAAGUAAAAGCGGAGCCAAGAAACCCAAAGCCAUACGGAAGCUGACCUUCGAGGACGAGGUGACCACUUCACCGGUACUCGGCCUUAAAAUCAAAGAGGGCCCUGUCGACCUGAAACCGCGAGCCUUAUCGACCGGUGGCAACAAACCCCUGGGAGAGUUCAUCUGCCAACUGUGCAAGGAAGAAUACGCGGACCCGUUCUCUUUAGCACAGCACAAGUGCUCGAGGAUAGUGAGGGUCGAGUACAGGUGUCCUGAAUGCGACAAAGUGUUCAGCUGUCCUGCUAACUUGGCCUCUCAUCGCCGCUGGCACAAACCUCGCGCUCAGCCCGCACCCGGCGUGCCAACUUCACAGACAGCCAAGAACGACGCGUCCAAAAUGCCCGCUGUCUCCAGAGGCUUCGGAGAGGAAAUCAAAGACGGAAGAGAGUAUUCGAGCGAGAGGGACUCUCCGAGCCCGGCUUUGUCCGAGUCCGGCUCAGAGGACGGCCUGUACGACUGCCAGCGCUGCGGGAAAAGGUUUAAACGCCAAGCGUACCUCAGAAAGCACGUGCUGGCCCACCACACGCUGCGAAACCAAAUGAUGGGUGAUACCUUUCAGAGCGCUGAGAGAGGAGAGAGCCCGGAGAUGGCGCAGCACUCCGGAGACGGCAGCCCGAGUCCGAACCUGAGCCCGCUGAAUUUAAGCCCCGCUGACUGCCUGCCGUGUCCGGUUUGCGGUGAGAUUGUGGCCGACAGGGCGAGCCUGGAGAGGCACGUGCGCGUUCUGCACGCUUCGCAAGUGUUUCCGUGUAAGCACUGCCCGGCCACUUUCUACAGCUCCCCGGGUCUGACCAGGCAUGUCAACAAGUGUCACCCCACAGAAAAGCGCCAGGUUAUUCUGCUUCAGAUGCCCGUGAGGCCCGCGUGCUGAAGAACACUGAAACGGAAACGUGCAGGAAGCGCUCACACUCUCAACCCUCACACAGAGGCUCACGAGUUCCGUCUAAAACUGCACAUUUCUAUACCACACAGUGCACCAAAACACGGAGGCGUAGUAUUUGUACCUGCAUUACGCUUUCUUGCAGUUUUAGACGUUGUAAAGAUUAGGAAUCUCUCCUAAUCAACUAACAAAAUUUGGCAUCGACCUAAAGUUGAAGUGACUAUAUUUUGAGAUUUCUCACGCCAAGUAGCCUAAAGAAGAGUAUUAGUUUGGUUGGUAUUUGGAAAUGGUAUUUUUCUAGGGCCGAUGCACACGUGGUAAUGUAAUAGCUUCUAGACCUAAGAUAACGUUCAAACGUUGGUGUACCUCUGUGAAAGCCUCGAAUUCACAUGCUGUACGUUUCUCCCGUCUGUAGCUUUAAUCUAGUAUGUGAAUUGCAGGAUGUGGGAAUUUUCUCUCCAAAAGAUUCCCUUUAGAAUAGCCAGAAAUGCCUUUAGAGAAACACAUCAAACACUUGCUGUAUAACUGCCUUAAGAACUCGGUGUACUGAUUGUUUUCAUUUCUUUUUUUUGAAUGUCGGCACAUAUUUACAAUUUACUGUCAAUGUAAUGUCAAGAUGAUUGUGAAAUGUUUAAUCGUUAAUAUUUAUUUAUUUAUUUAUUUACAACUGUUUCAUGUAAGUUAUUGUGUUCUUGAGUGAUUGAAGUUCUUUGUCCUAUUUUAUAGCCAAAUUGUUUGGUCGGGUUUGAGUUGUGUAGGCCUGUGUCUUCAGUGCUCUUACAAUCUGAUCAGCUCUUGUAAACGUGAAGCUCUUAGAGAUGCAAUCCUUUUCUAUAAACAGCUUAUUUUCUUAAAUGUUUGCUACUAGCGCUGUCCUUGUUGUGUUGUUACUAAAAUAAAAAAAAUAUUUUUAAAAAUGAA